AUGCUCAAAGGGCGUUUGGGCUGCUCCCUGCUCUCGUCAACGCGACGCACCUUCAUCACCAGGGUCACCGUCACGCACCAACAAGCACCCCGCAGUUUGAGUCUGGCACGCUAUUCGAGCCAGUCCGGCAGCAACAGCGGCAGUAACAACAGCAGUAGCACCGGCAGGAAGGACAGUUGGCGCACCAUGGCCGAGUCGGACAUAUCGAGGUAUCUCCAGGAGACGCACGACCGCGUCUUCGACCACAACCGCGCCUGGGCGGCCGAGCAGUCCAAGAACGACCCCGAGUUCUUCACCAAGCUGUCGGCCGGCCAGAGCCCGGACUACCUCUGGAUCGGAUGCAGCGACUCGCGUAUCCCCGCCGAGCAGAUCACCGGCCUGGAGCCCGGCGAGGCCUUCGUCCACCGCAACAUCGCCAACCUCGUCGUCAACACCGACCUCAACGUCAUGAGCGUUAUUAACUAUGCCGUGCGUCACCUGCAGGUCAAGCACAUCGUCGUGUGCGGUCACUACGGCUGCGGUGGUGUCAAGGCCGCCAUGACACCCAAGGACCUGGGCCUGCUCAACCCAUGGCUCCGCAACAUCCGGGACGUCUACCGGCUGCACGAGAAGGAGCUGGACGCCAUCUCGGACGAGACGGCGCGCUACGACCGCCUGGUCGAGCUCAGCGUCGUCGAGCAGUGCCGCAACGUCAUCAAGACGGCCGCCGUCCAGCAGUCGUACGCGAAGAACCAGUUCCCCAUUGUCCACGGCUGGGUCUUUGGCUUUGGGGACGGGCUGCUCAAGGACCUCAAGGUCGACCACGAGGCCAUGCUCCACGGCAUCCAGAAGAUCUACAAUCUCACCGAGUGA